AUGGUAUUAGAAAAUUGUCAAGUUGUUUUUAAUAAUUAUAAGGGAUAUUUUUAUUCUGGUGAUAUUGUAACGGGAUCUGUAAUAUUUGGAUUAAAACACAAUAGCGUGGUAAAAGGCCUAGUGUUAAAUGUUAAGGGAACAAGUAAAGCUAGAUGGACACGUCCAAUGCCUACAAUACCACAUAUUAAAUUCUAUUCUGAAAAAAAUGAAGUUCUUCGAAUCGAUAUAUCGAUUGAUACUAAGGAGAACACUUUGGUAUCAAAAAAUUUAAGUAUCCCCUUCCAUUUUAUUCUUCCUCGUAAUAUACCAUCAAGUUUUCAAGAUUCAGUAGCCAAAACACAUUAUCGUGUUAUAAUAAAAACUACAAAAAUAUGUAAAAGAAAGCAAAAACGGGUAUUUCCAUUUGUUGUUGUUGCACAUUUAAACCUUAAUAAUUUCGAGUAUACGUUUUACAAUGAGAAGUACCUGUAUGAACUUACCAAGAGUUUUGGUAAAUUUAAACAAUAUCAGUUUAGAAUAAAAACAUAUAAAGGUAUUGGAUCUAAUCAACGAAAUAUACCAUUUGUAGCAUACAUAACUAACGAAAAAAAGAUCAAAGUGUCGAAAAUAGUGAUAUCGCUUCUGCAGAAAUUAGAAUACACAGUGAUGUCGGGUUAUUAUAAUACUGAAAAGAAAAUACAUGAAAUUUUUUUAAAAGACUUUAGAAACAACUUGGAAGAAACAUACACAUUUUUAAUAGAUAUACCACCGGUUGUACCGUCUACAAUAAAUUUGGAUCGUACAUUGAUAAACAUCUCUUACGUUUACAAGAUCACAGUCUGUUUUCGAUUUCAUUUUAGUAUGAAUAUGGAAAUUCCUGUGGUUAUUGGAUCAACACCUGUAAUUUUUACAAAAUAA